AUGGCAGCUUCUGGGAAGUUACAUGCAGUUACAAACCCUUACGAUCUCGUUGGCAUCAAACUUAGUUCUCCAGGUGAGGCCAAGAGUAUAUGUCCUGCCGAAGCAGGUCGUCUUUCGAUAUUACACCUGUAUUCCCCUUACGAUUGCAUUGGUAUCUACGCUGCUCCAAAGAUAACGAAAAUCAUCUUUCGGCUUUGGUUGCCUUACGGAAUUUACGGCUUGGUGUGGAUAUUGCUUGUCCAGUUAUUCGACCGAAAGUUCUUCGCACAUCAGCUGGUGGAAAUACCUCUACAGUUGGUGGUCUUCGGCUCUGGUGCCACUGUUAGUUCUCCAGCUUCAACAUCCACGUCGAAGAAGAUGGCUUCGUUGAAGUCGCUUCUUUCGAAACUGAAGGGUCUGCACGCUUCCUUCAACAACAUCGCGGAGUUUGUGUCAGAGUAUCGCGAGGACACAAGUGCGAGCCAGGUGUCGGUUCGUUUGGAACGAUUGGCAGAAAUAUGGGACAAAGUGAGCGACGUGGUUUGUGAGGUGGAAGCUCACGAGGAAUUUUCCUCGGAGGGAGAUGCUUUUGCGAAGGAACGAAUUGAUUUCGAAAAUCGUUAUUUCGAUAUUAAAUCGUUCUUAAUGGAUAAGGCACGGGAUUUGCAGGACCCUCCGGUUUUGGACCAAUCAACGAGGCAAGCCGAUACCUCCAUACAAGGAUCAUUGGACCAUGUUCGACUACCGCAAAUUAAAUUGCAAACGUUUGGUGGUGACAUCGAUGAAUGGCUUAGCUUCAGGGAUCUCUUCACGUCAUUAAUUCACUGGAAAACGGAACUUCCAGAAGUGGAAAAAUUCCACUAUCUGAAGGGAUGCCUUGAAGGCGAGGCAAAGGCUCUGAUCGAUCCAAUUAAGAUCACGAGGGGAAAUUAUGUGAUUGCUUGGGAAAUGCUACUCAAGCGAUACAAUAAUAGCAAAUUGCUGAAGAAACGUCAGGUCGAAUCGCUGUUUAAACUUCCUACAGUUUCAAAGGAAUCGGCUGUCGAGUUACACAAUCUUUUGGAUGGAUUUGAAAGGAUCAUACACACUCUGGAUCAAAUAGUACAACCUGUGGAUUAUAAGGACCUACUACUAAUAAAUGUGCUGUGCUCACGGUUAGACCCACACACGCGGCGAGGCUGGGAAGAACACUCGUCGACCAAGGAACAGGACACAUUGAAAGACUUGACAGAAUUCCUGCAACGUCGUAUCAGAAUACUGGAAUCUCUUCCAUCGAAAUCUACGGAGCAUAAACGAGAGUCAUCACCGAUUAAAAGGAAGCAACCACCAUUUCGAGUUAGCCAUAAUGCAGUGCAAUCAUCAUCGGUUGGAAGGUGUGCUGCCUGUCCAGAAAACCAUUGGCUGUACAGCUGUCCAGUCUUUCAGCGCAUGGCGGUAGCAAACAGAGAAUCACUGCUUCGUUCUCAGUCUCUCUGUCGCAACUGCUUCAAACGGGGCCAUCAAGCCAAAGACUGUUCGUCAAAAUACUCUUGUCGGAAAUGUAAAGGCCGACAUCACACGAUGGUAUGCUUUAAGGCGGAUGGGGAAGGCAGUUCCCGGGAUCAAGCAAAUGAAACUAGUGCAUCUACAAGCAACAAACCAUCAACAUCCGCUCCAAGUACAAAUACGAGGGUAGCAAAUGUGGCUGCUACCGAAACCGUUGCAUCAAACUUCGCUCAGAAGAGAACAUCCAAUGUACUUCUUGCUACGGCUGUAGUCAUUAUCGAAGACGACGGGGGAGCUCGCUACCCAGCGCGAGCGUUACUUGAUUCCGGUUCGGAAUGCAAUUUUAUCUCGGAAAGGCUAUGUCAACGGUUGAAUGUGUCAAGAGAGAAGGUGGACAUUUCUGUCCUAGGCGUUGGCCAUGCGUCAACUCAGGUUAACCAACAAUUUCAAGCGACAAUCAAAUCUCGAAUCUCGUCAUUUUCGCGCAAAAUGAGCUUUCUUGUUUUGCCAAGGGUUACGGUCAAUCUACCUACAGUAACAGUGCAAAUAUCGGGAUGGGAGAUCCCAGAUGGAAUUGAUCUAGCGGAUCCCACUUUCUUCCAAUCAAAAGGUGUGGAUUUAGUGCUAGGCAUUCAGGCAUUCUUUAGCUUCUUCAAGAAAGGCAAUGAAUUAUCGCUGGGCGAUGGUUUACCACUACUUACCGAGUCGGUUUUCGGUUGGGUGGUUGCCGGAGAAGUAGAUUCUACUAGAAAGACCACACGCAUAGUAUGUAACAUGGCGGUAUCUGACACUAUGGAGAAGUUAAUGGAGCGGUUUUGGUCCUGCGAGGAAGUGGGAAGCGGCAAAAUUUACUCUCCAGAGGAGGCGCGCUGUGAGGAGCAGUUUGGGCGCACUAUUCACCGAGAAUCAAACGGUCGGUACACAGUAACACUUCCCAAGAACGAGGCGGUCUUGGAACGGUUAGGGUCAUCAAAGGAUAUCGCCAUGAAACGCUUUCAAGGACUGGAAAGAAGGCUUUCCAGGGACGAUGAACUUCGCCGACAAUACGAGGAUUUCAUGACAGAAUACCUUCAGCUUGGACACAUGCGAAGGCUGGACGAUUCCCAGGAAGACAAGGUCAAACGAUGUUACUUACCGCAUCAUCCUGUAGUGAAAGAGUCCAGUACCACGACUAAGGUGAGAGUGGUCUUCGAUGCUUCAUGCAAAACGUCAACUGGAAUUUCGCUAAAUGAUGCGUUACUCGUCGGACCAAUCGUGCAGCAAGAUCUUCGCGCAAUCAUACUACGUUGUCGAACUCGCCAGGUAAUGGUUGUCGCAGAUGUCGAAAAAAUGUUUCGGCAGAUUAAUAUGGAUCAGGCAGAUGUACCCUUACAGAGCAUCUUGUGGAGGUUUUCCCAUGAAGAAGUGGUUAAUACGUUCGAGCUUACGACGGUCACCUACGGCACAAAACCAGCACCGUUUCUAGCCACGCGGACACUCAAACAGCUGGCAUUUGACGAACAAGGUCGAUUUCCUCUGGCAGCACAAGCAGCAGAUGAAGACAUCUACAUGGACGAUGUAAUAUCUGGGGCUGAUGACAUCGAAACCGCUAUGCAGCUCAGGAUGCAAUUCGAUGCAAUGAUGUUGAGCGGUGGAUUCAGACUGCGAAAAUGGGUUUCCAACUGCGAAAGGGUCUUAGAAGGAAUACCGAAGGAAAAUCGAGCACUACCAGGGGCGGACGAAAUUACUUGGGAUAAAGAUGAUACAGUUAAAACACUUGGGUUAUCAUGGCUGCCCAAAACGGAUUGCCUGAAAUUUCAAUUUACUAUACCUACACUUUCACUAAAUCAAUCUCUAACCAAGCGCAUGAUUCUGUCUAUCAUCGCAUCACUCUUCGACCCCUUGGGGAUCUUGGGGGCAACCAUCGUAACGGCCAAGAUUUAUAUGCAACAACUGUGGAACUAUCGUAACAAAGAUGGGCAACGUUUGGAAUGGGACGAAUCUAUACCUACAACGGUAGUCGCACCGGAAAGCAUAGAUAUCGAGAUCCAUUGUUUCUCAGACGCCUCUGAGAAGGCGUAUGGAGCUUGCUUAUACCUUCGCAGUAGGGAUACCAACGGAAGAAUUACAGUCCAGCUUUUAACUUCGAAAUCGAAGGUAGCACCAUUAAAGGUUCAAACGUUACCGAGACUGGAGUUGUGUGGCGCUCUACUAGCGGCGCAGCUUGUGGAGAAAGUUUCGGAUGCAGUGAAGGGUAUCAGCAAGGUUCAUUUCUGGACCGACUCAACGUGUGUUCUUCAGUGGCUGAAAGCAGAAUCACCAAAUGUUUGGAGUAGUUUUGUGGCAAAUCGUGUAUCAAAAAUUCAGGCUAUUUCGGAAAAUCAUUCUUGGCAUCACGUCCCAGGUAUCUGCAAUCCCGCAGAUCUAAUAUCGCGUGGUAUUCUACCGAAUGCAGUAGAAGGAAACAGUUUGUGGUGGGAGGGCCCAGACUGGUUACAGGAGAAAGCUGAUAAAUGGCCCAGUCAGCCGAAUAUUAAUUAUACUGACGCACCAGAAAUGCGACGAAGUACAGUAACCGUUAUCGCAACUAAACUGCCAACAUUCACAACAAGCUUCAUUGUAAAAUUCUCAUCCUACAGUCAGCUCAUCCGGGCCACUGCUUAUUGGUUACGGUUAAUUGCUAUCUUACAGCACAAGGAAAGCGGUAAGAGAAAGGGAUUUCUCAGUACAAACGAGCUGCGAGAAGCGGAAACUGUAAUACAACGGAAGGUACAGCAGGAAUCAUUUGGAGAUGAACUGAAUGCUCUGAAAGGUGGAAAAUCUGUUUCUCGUGGUUCCUCGCUUCGAUGGUUCAUCCCAGCUAUAGGAGAAGAUGGUAUUCUGCGGGUAGGUGGCAGGUUAAGUCACUCUCAGGAAUCGUUUGAUACAAAACACCCAAUUAUUAUGCCAGCCAGACAUUUAUUGACGGCGAUGCUAUUUAAACACUACCAUGAGAAACUGCUACACGCGGGAACUCAAUUGCUAUUGAGUACAGUACGGUUACGGUAUUGGCCUUUGGGUGGCAGAAAUGUGGCCAGAAAGAUAGUUCACCAAUGUCUUCGAUGCUUCAGAGCCAAACCGUCGGCCAUCAAGCAGCAAAUGGGUGAACUGCCAGCUGCUCGGGUUACAGUUUGCAAGGCGUUUUCAAAAACCGGAGUGGAUUAUUUCGGACCGGUGUACAUUCGGGAUGGCAGACGUCGACCGACGAUCAAGGCAUACGUAGCGGUUUUUGUAUGUAUGAGCACGAAGGCAGUACAUUUGGAACUGGUUACUGACCUGUCUACAGAACGCUUUCUUCAGGCGCUGCGACGCUUUAUUUCUAGACGGGGCUUAUGUACAGAUGUGUAUUCCGACAAUGGAACAAAUUUUGUUGGUGCCAGAAAUCAAUUAAAAGAACUCUUUACGCUGCUGAAAAAUAAGAAGCAUCAUGAAAUGGUUUCAAAGGAGUGCGCCAAGGAUGGCAUUCAGUGGCAUUUCAACCCACCAGGUGCCCCACACUUCGGAGGCUUGUGGGAAGCCGCUGUACGUUCAGCUAAAUUUCACCUACUUCGAGUGCUCGGGGAAAACUCUACGUCGUACGAAGACUUCAACACACUGUUGAUCCAGGUAGAAGGUUGUCUAAAUUCUCGGCCUUUGACGCCUAUGUCGGAUGAUCCAACAGACCUAGAACCGUUGACACCGGGUCACUUUCUAACCGGAGGAUCCUUGCAAGCUAUUCCUGAGCUUGACUACACCGAUGUACAACUAAAUCGGUUGAACCGAUGGCAGCUAGUUCAACGUCAGCUUCAGGAUUUCUGGAGGCGUUGGCGGCGAGAAUAUUUGUCACAACUACAAGGCAGAACUAAAAAUUGGGAACCACCAGUGAAGGUAGAGACCGGCCAAUUGGUGACUAUUGUAGACGGAAACCAACCUGCAAUGCGCUGGAAGAUGGGUCGAAUUCACGAGCUGCACCCAGGAGAUGAUAACGUGGUACGAGUGGCCACCGUAAAAACAGCAUCUGGAUUCCUUCGUCGACCAGUAGCGAAGCUGUGCAUCCUUCCAACACAAGAAACACCAAGUUCAUCAGCUACAGCAAACAACUCACUCAACUAGAUCAUACGGUAGUAUC